ACCAGGUAGGCUUAACUAUCAGACUCCACAACUUUAUGAAUGCUAGUAGUAUUUGAAAGUGUACCGAGUGUAGCCGAAUGUUACACGAGGCCAACUAACAGUAGUUGACUGCACUGCUAAACUCGAACUGAUGUAUUUUGUCGUAGUGAGUUGUGACUAGAUACGAACAUGGUAAAUAGUGCAAGCACUUUUGGUUUACAAGACUUUUAAAAGAAAACAUUAAUAAAACUGGACUUUGUUUACAUUUAUAGUGACUUUUGUGGUUAUUUGUGGCACAGUUAUUUACUUUUAGUGGACUUUUCAAAAGUUUAUGUUGAUGUUGACGUUCUGCUCUCAAAGUUUGUGUUUGGAAAAUGACCGUGCGUCACCACAGAUUCUGGGUCCUCAACAUAUAUAAUAACUUUAGGACCAGAAUGGUGGGAAAAUGACGCAGAAGUGAAAAUUAAUAUAUCCAAAAUGUCUUCUAGUGCCUUCGCGUGCCUUGUCAAAAUUUACAGUUUUUUUCCUUUAUUGUUAAUAUUAUAUUUAAUCAAAAUUUCCCACGGAUGGCUCCCGGACACGAGCACAAAAUUAAUAAAUGGCUUAAGCAAGAUACCUAGUAUUAGCUUUAAAGGGAACACGACAUUCCCUGAUCACUUUACAGUCUUGUAUCAAGACGACAAUACGAUUUUAUUUGGUGGAAGAAACCGAAUUUAUAAUUUAUCAGUGUUCGAUUUUUCCGAACGAAAAGAUUCCACUAUUUAUUGGCCAUCGUCCGAGGCACAUCAUCAGAUCUGCACCCUCAAAGGAAAAACAGAGGAUGACUGCCAAAAUUACAUCAGAAUGCUUUUCUACACGGCCCCUGGUAAGAUGCUCAUCUGUGGGACGAAUUCUUACAAGCCCUAUUGCAGGAUAAUGCAACAAAAGAAUGAGAAAGUAAUUGUAGAAAAGGAAAUGGAAGGAAUUGGAUUAUGUCCCUAUGACCCUGAAGAUAACAGUACUGCUGUAUAUAGUAAUGGACACUUAUUUUCUGCAACUGUUGCAGAUUUUUCAGGGACAGAUCCCUUAAUAUAUAGGCAGCCCCUUCGAACGGAACUAUCUGAUCUCAGGCAGCUUAAUGCUCCAAAUUUUGUUAGUUCUUUGACGUAUGGGGACUAUAUAUACUUUUUCUUCCGUGAAACGGCUGUGGAAUAUAUGAAUUGUGGGAAAGUUAUAUAUUCUAGAGUCGCUAGGGUUUGCAAGCAUGACAAAGGCGGUCCGCAUCAAUCAAGGGACCGUUGGACUACUUUCCUUAAAGCAAGACUGAACUGUUCCAUGCCUGGAGAAUAUCCUUUUUACUUUGAUGAAAUACAAUCCACUAGUGAAGUAGUAGAUGGUAAAUAUGGCGGCGAUUCAAACGUAAAAAUAAUAUAUAGCGCACUUACUACACCUAAUAACGCUAUUGGAGGAUCCGCUAUAUGUAUAUUCCAAAUGGAAGAUAUUCAAAGUGUCUUCGAGGGUCCCUUUAAAUACCAAGAGGGUAUAAAUUCAAACUGGUUGCCGGUUCCUGACAAUAAAGUGCCAACGCCUAGACCGGGACAGUGCGUCCAAGACAGCCGUGUUUUAGCGAAUAAUAAUGUUAAUUUUAUCAAAACACAUCCACUGAUGGAGAAGACGGUACCCUCUCUAAACGGCAGACCGCUGUUAAUCAGAGUUAGCUUGAAUUAUAGGUUUACAGCUGUUACUGUUGAUCCUCAGGUUCGCACAAUUAGCGACGAGACGUUUGAUGUCAUAUACGUCGGAACGGACGACGGGAAGGUGCUGAAGCUGGUAAACAUUCCUAGUUCUAAUUCGACCAAGGCAUUCGUUAUAUCCGAAAACGAAGUGUUUCCUAAAGGCACGCCGAUAAAACAAUUAAAAAUAGCGCCAGGGUACGGGAAAGUCGUGGUUGUUACUAAAAAGGAAGUUAAACUGGUAACUUUAAAUCCCUGCGCUAGCAUCGGCCGUUGCAGCGACUGUAUAGAAUUACGUGAUCCUCACUGCGCCUGGGAUUCUCUCAAAGGAGUAUGCGUUAGUGUGGACGCCGUGACGUCCUUCCGCUACUUAAUACAAGACGUGAGGGGUGGCAAUAUAUCGAGAUGCAGAAUACAACCCACUGAUAAAUCUAUACCCAAAAGCGAAUAUGAGACUAAACUAAUAGACACCAACUCCCUUGAAGAAGACAAACAGUCUCCCGAUCCGUUGUUGAGGUUAGACGGUGAAUCGACGGACUGCAACGAAGUGGAUGGAGAAAAGGUGACAGGCUGUGCCGCACAGAGCAAACUUACCUUGUACACUUCGGAAUAUUUACAUAUUAUCGUCGCAGUCGCUAGUUUAGCGGGUUUAUUUGUUGGAUUCUUAUGUGGAUAUCUAGUCUCUCGGCGAUUUCACGUCCAUACGCAGUACCCUAAUCCACCGUUUAUUGAACAGCACAAUCAUCUAGACAGACUGACGGUAAACCAGAAUAGUUUUUUAGCCCCACGGACCAAGACGGUUAAUCUAGACGUCUUGAAUGUGUCCACAGAUUCCCUCCCGCCAAAAAAGGACAAUUUAGGUUCACUAAAGAAUUUGAACAUAACGAACGAAGGAACGUUACAGAAAAUAAAGAAAACUUAUAUUUAAGUAACACGCUCGAUCCGGUUUAACUAUUUUGUACCUGCUAGAUCUUUCAUAGACUGCCUUAAAUGCUAUUUUGCACUAUAAGAGUAAAAGAGAGAAACAUAUUAUCAGUUUUAUGUUAGGAUACGGUUGUAUUAAAGCAAAGAAAGAUAUUUUUGAAGCUCAAUGUAAUAUAUAUUUUUUUAAGCUUUGAGUCAAAUUUUAUUGUUACGCGAAAUGAACUACUCGCACUACUCUGCAUUUCACGCAGCAUGACUGGAGCAGCUAAGUACUAAGUAAUGUACUCGAAUUUUUGUGAGGCCAGGGCCUCUGUAAUUUUGUUUGAAACUAUGUUAUUUAGUUGUUGUCUCGAUGUGAUAAAUAUAUUGCGUUUACAGGGCGGUUAGGUCUUGUCCAAGGAUAAAAUACGUCUUAUUGACCUUACUUACUUCUCAAACUGAAAACUGAAAUUAUAAACGUGAUGUCCCUGAAAUGUGCCCAAAUUGUAACCGAUAAAAAUAAGUUUUACCUAAUAAUUUUUUUCGAAAACUCGUAUUAAAAAUUAUAAGACAGAUGUUGUUGCUUUUGAAAAUCUCAAUAUUUUGGCAGUUAUUUCUGGGACAUCCUGUAUAUGAAAGUAUGUUGCCGUAACAAAACUUCUGCCAUAUAACAACAAACUGCUAUAUACUUGUUAGUGCCAAAACAGGACCUAACCAGGGAAAAUUUGCAUGUGAGGCUAUGUUGUACACUUCAUGUAUAUUCUGCUUUUAUGAGUAUUGGAAAGUGAUUGUUGACAAUUUUGCAAUAAACUGAAUACGCCGAAUUAUUUACAAUACGCAUAAAAUCACGGAAUGUGGAAAAUGUUCGUAAUAGUAUCCAUUAAGGUUAAUUAAUUUUAAUUUACAUUAAAUUAGUUAAUAAGAAAAAUUUGCAUGAUCUAAAUUAAUAACAAAUAUUUUUAUAAA